AUGGAGCGGCCCCGGCUCCCGCUGCCCCGGGCCCCGCCGCCGCUGCCCCGGCUCCUGGCUGCUGCAGUGCUCGUGGAAUGCUGCGCGCGGCUUUGCCCCGCUCUGGGCAGCGGGGCCGGCUCGGCUCUGAGCGCUGCCGACCCCUGCGCCCACCUGGGCACCGCGGCGGGGCAGCGCUGCCGGACAGAUCGCCCGGGGCCCGGAGCUGGCACAGGACAGGCGCCCACACCAGAGGCCGUGGGGCAGCUGUGGACAGAGGCUGAAGUGCUGCCCUUCCCUGGGACCCCCGCCCACACAGCCGAGCUCUCCAGCCCGCAGGACAGCCCCAGAGGCCCCGGGCUGGGCAGGGAGGGGACAGGGCCGGUGCGGGGUGGAACGAGCAGCGAGCCCCUGGGGCCCCUGGGCUCUGCAGGCAGGGAGCUGCUGUCCCCUGCCAGCCUGGGGGACACCAGUGCAGGGGCCCCAGUGGACACAGGGACAGGUCCUGCAGCCACGCACCCCCCUGCAGGACGUGUGACAGUAGAAGGUGCCACAGCCGUGCAGGGGACACUUCCACAUUCACCCUCUGUGACAGUGCCAGGUUCUGCCAGGGGACAGUGGAGGUCCAGCAGCAGCCUGCUGGGAUGGAGGGCCAUGGGGACAGCCCUGGUGCAGAGCCAGAAUGACUCUCUCCAGCUGGGUGACAGCAGCCCAGGGACCCGUCCGAGCACCGUGGUGGCCACUGACAGCUCAACAUUGGGGACAGCAGGGACAUCACCCUUUGCUGGGGGGCUGCAGAGGCUGCUGACCCCCACAGGGACACUGCAGGGGACACAGUGGGCGCUGCCAGGGGUGUCAGAAGAAGCUUCCCACUCACAGGAGGGUCCCAGCUCUGCCCCUCACCCCUCUGCACUGUCCCUUGGGGCUGGUGGGGGCCCUUUGGCCAGCACAGCCUGGCCAGCCGUGGGGACAGGCCCAGCCUUGCUGCCUGCCACACGCAGGGGCUCAGGGCUGCCUGUCCCCACCACCACUGCCAGCACCCCAGGGGUGACAUCUGGCCAGGGAGGAGCCCUGGACCUGACCACAGGGGUCUUGGGCCCAGCUGACAGGGAAGGUCCCCCUGAGCCCAGUCACACCCCCCUGAGCCCGUCAGCCGUCCCGGGACAGCCCCCUGUCCCCUCGGCCCCUGGCAGCACCGCUGUGGCACAGGGUGGGGUGACACAUGCCAGUCCUGGAGCCUCCCCCACUGCCCUGUCCCCAGAGCCUGCCCCAGCCAGCGGCUCUGCAGUGACCCUGCUCUCCACCCCGCUGCCUUCCCCAGGGACCAGCCGGGGUGUCCUGGGAUUCAGCCCCACUGUGGGCACCCCCCCGGGAGACCCCUCCCCAGGGCUGCCCCAUUCCAGCUCCAGGGUGGGUCCUGCUGAGAGCCCUCCAUCCCUGGGGGGGGCCCAGGUGGGAGUGGGCAGCCUGGAACCCCCCUCAGCACCUGGGCCCCCCCAGCAGCCAGCUUCAUCUCAGCCUGCAUCUUCCCAGCCUGCAUCUCCCCUGGGACUGACCACUGCUCUUGGUGCCACCACCACCGGUGUCACUGCCACCAUCACAACUGCCACCAGCCCAGAGAGGCUCAGGGACAAGGGCACGGUCACAGCAGAGCCACGUGCUGCUGUACUGCAGAGGGAUAUGGUGGGGCCGACAUGGGGGUCCCCAGCUCCUGUGCCCACUGUGACGCCCAGGAACCCCCAGCAGCCCACAGGUUCCCAGGGUGGGGGUCCUGGGGCCCCCCCAGCUGCUGUGGACACAGAGCUGGCGCAGCCAUCGAGCAGCCCCAGAGGGAGGACAGACACCGAUGCCCCCCUGGCUGGGGUGGGCAGGGCUCCCCAGGUGUUCAUCGUGGAAGAUCAGCCUCCACUCCUGAAAGCGUCCCUCCUGCGCAUCCCCUGCGAGCUGGUGCUGGACAUGGGGUUCGUCCCGGCCCUGCAGGACCCCGGCUCCCCGGAGCGCCAGGAGCUGCUGCACGGCUUCAACCAGACCGUCACUCCCCUGUUCACGGCGCUGCCCGGGUUCCUGCGGCUGGAGGUGACAGAUGUCAGGGAGGGCAGCGUGGUGCUGCGCUACGAUGCGCUGUUCGCGGCGGAGCAGCUGCCGGGGCCGGGGCUGGACGAGCUCCUGGAGAGCGCGCUGGGCUCCGUCCGUGCCGUGGGCGCAGUGCCCGUGCUGCGGCACGGGGCUCUGGCGCGGCCGCUGGACCCCUGCGCUCUGCUCUUCGCUUGCCCGUCCGGCUUCGCCUGCGUGCCCAGGGCGGACGGGAACGUGACCUGCACCUCGCUCUGCCACCGUGACUACUGCAAGAACCACGGCAUCUGCUCCCAUGCCCAGGACCACCAGCCCCGCUGCCAGUGCCCCGUGGGUAGCGAUUUCUGGUUCAUGGGGCUGCGCUGUGACUACCGGGUGACACAGCAGGGCCUGCUGGGCAUGGCAGCCGGGGUCCUGCUCAGCAUCCUCCUCCUGGGCGCCGUCCUCGCCGCCGUCGCCGUCCGCCGGUUCAAGGCGCUGCUGCUGGAGGCCAGGGCGGACCAGACCCGCAGCAGCUAUCGCCGUUUCUGCCGCCUGGACGAUGUCUCAGCCCAGUACUGGUCACGCUCGGGGCUGCCCUCGGCCAGCUCGCUGGACAAUCCAGCCUUCAGCAACUCGGAGGAGCUGCUGCACCUGCAGGUCCUGGACGGCUGCUGCGGCUGCCGGGGGGACUCGGGCGGUGCCAAGCGGGGCGCGGUGCCCUGUGCCCACCCGCGGUGCCAGCCCAGUUUCCAUUACGACUGGGACACCAGCUCCAGCAGCAUGAACGACCCCAUGGUGGACUCGGGGAAAGCCAGUGACAUCUCCGUGUCGAGCUGGCCCAUGGAGCCCAUCCAGUGGGCUCCCUUCCCUCUCCUGCAGCAGCUCUCCAGGCAGCGAGCGCACAAGGCGCGCUGGCCGCAGCCGCUGAGCGAGGGGCUGGAGCUGGGCACGCUGGAGCGCAGCUGGACGGCCUGACCACGGACAGCACACAGCGACCAGGGUCAGCUUUAAAACCAACCACAUUUUAUUUCCACGUAACGAGCUCAGUGAAGGAAUUCCACACACUUGGACGAUACAAUCAAGGCGGGUGUGAUGUCAGUGAUGUCAGUCCCAGCGGGGCAGGGCCCGGCCAGCCCGGCCCCGGUUCUGUCCGCGCCUCGCCAGCUCUGGCUGGGACUGCAGACUCCAGAGCAGGCAGAUACAGAGAGGUGUCAGGACACACAGUGCUGGCAUCCACCAGGUCAUCGCUUAGAGGGGCAGUCUGGCAGAAAGGCUGGCGGUUCUGGAGGGCACAUCAGCUCUGGGCUCUGCCCCACGGCCGCCGUGGGAGGACACGGGAGCGCCGCUGCGUCGUUCAUCGUGAUUCAUGUCAAUGAGGUAUAAACACCAGGAUGUUGUAAGCAUUAAAGUUUAUUUUCCAAAAUGCUCUCCUUAUUCGCACAUGUCCUCUGGAGCAUCGAGCUGGGCACAAAUGGUGGGGGCUGGAAAUGGGGCGCUGUACGGAGGGCAACGGGGUCCCAAAGGUGCUCGGAUAGAAAAGGAAAAGCAAGCUGCAGUUCUACACUUAGACUCUCAUAGUCUCAGAGGGGGCACGUUGAGGGAGAUUUUUGCUAGAAUAAAAUGCAGAUCUCUUCAUAAAAAAAUCAGUUUGCUAAAAGAAAACUCAACCUAUGGGAAUACAGAGCUAUCGGAUCGGUCGAUAUUCUCAUCGUAUAGAAAACAGCCUACAAAUAAAGUCACAAAAAAUAGACAGUUAUAUGCUGAGCAGCCAAAAACAUCAUGAUUUAUUAAUAUCUGGAGAAACUUCAUAAUUCAAACACAACCAAACUGUACAUUUUACAAUCACAUUCUAUUUGUAAACAGUUAAAAGCCACUGACUUCUUUUGCAUCUUCGGACACAAACAUUAGAAUCAAGGCAAUGAAAUGAUGGCGAUUUCUGCACUGUUAAAAUUUUUACCCUUGCCUAGUCUGCAAUUCAUGGACUAAACAAGCAUUCAAUAAUACCUUUUGUGGCAAGAGGAUGUAACUCGUUCACUUUUGCGAGAAAGAACUUGCGAGAACUUUGUCAACAUUGAAACUGGAUACACACACGAUCUGUAAGCCCAGCCCGUGGUUACAGGAUGCAUAGUUACUCAGGUCGGCUUGGGGCCACGGCCCCACGGUAACACAGUCACAGAGCAGGAACAGCCACUCGAUGGGAUUACAAAAACUCGGAUAACUACGGAUUAUUAGCAAACCACCACCACUCACUAAGAAAAGACAGCGUCAAAAGCAGAAUGUCCAACUCCAGCUUGAAGCGUUUUUUUUUUGGCAGAGAAAAGUCUUACAGAGCAAUAAGUAUUAUCAGUGCUAAAAGUUGAGUUUUUUUUUUUUUUUUUCCUAUAAGAAACUACAAGGAGUUUUUACUGGGGAACUGGUUUUCCUGAGAGCCAUGCUCUUUGAUUUAGGAUACAGGAAUAGAAAACAAAAGGACAUGGCCAAACACUGUUCGUUAUUCCCAGAGAUAGAAAGCAUCUUUUUCAUUCUCAAUUUUUUUUUUUUGUCUUUUUAAAAAUUUUUAAAAUGAUGGAAGAGUAAACAUUUUUCUCAAAAAACAAAAAAAAUAUUCUGUAAACAAGAAGGUGCCAACACGGGCACCCCCAAAACAAAAUUGAAAGCCUAUUGAAAGUGCAGGACCCCCCUGGCUUGCAGGCUGGGUUGCAAGUCACAGCUGUGGCCACAGUUUUUUAAACUGCAGAGCUAAAUUCUUUAGUUUUAUACAUGAAAAAACUGGUGCAAUACUUUCAUUCAUAAUCCUAAGUCAGUAUCCUAACUCGAUCUUGGAACGCCACGACACCACGAGCAGGUAGGCAAACAUCAAGGCAUAGUAGAGAGCGCACACUGUUUGUAGGAACAUCCUUGAGUAAACACUUACACGUGAGCUGCUGCUCCCACAGCACGGGGAGCAGCAGUCAGUGCAACGUCAGAAAAGCUCAUACUCCAACAUCAUCAGCAAAAUGCAAAUAAAAAGGAAAAAAAAAAAAAAAAAAA